AUGGCUUUCAUGGUGAAGUCUAUGGUCGGGGGACAGUUGAAGAAUUUGACCGGAGGACUCGGAGGCGAGGAAAAAGGAGACGGGGAGAAAUCUGACGCCGCAGCUCAAGGGAUGACGAGAGAGGAAUUCGAAGAAUACGAAAGGCAGCUGCUCGAUGAAAAGAUGGAGCGUGAUGCCAGUUUUGCUCAGAAAAAGGCAGAGCGUGCAACAAUGAGGACACACUUACGUGACAAGUACAAGCUCCCAAAGAGUGAAAUAGAUGAGAGCCAGAUCCAGCUGGCUGGUGGCGAGGUGGAACUGCCAAAGGAGCUGGCCAAGAUGAUUGAACAGGACAAUGAGGAAGAAGCUGAGAAGGACUCCUUGAUGGGACAGCUCAGCAACAUUCAGAACCUCGACAUUGACAGCUUGAAGGACAAGGCCCAAGCCACCUUGGAAGACUUCAAGCAUACUGCAGAGAAGUGUUGUGUCAUGUGAAACAAAAAUUAUGGGACUUAUUUUCAUAAUGUUCACAGUGACUUGAAUCAAAACUGCAAACUUGCAGCCUGUUAAACAUUGAUCUAUAAAGUAAUAUCCCAGUGAAGGCAAUGCGAUAGUUAGACACAGAUCUGCUCCUGUUUGCAAUACGCUGUGUGUAUGAUGUAUAUACUAGUCAGCAAUUCUUGUCAAUUCUGACCGUCAAUCUAUCACCCUGACCAGCAAUCUGUUAACCUUUGUUUCUGGUGUUUUAAGAGAACAAAUUUGAUCUAGGCUUGGAAUUCUAAAUAUAAACACUAACCCCUGGGGAACAAAUGCCUCUGUCAUUCAUUACGCUAGUGACAGAAAUGUUCCCUGUAAAAGUGAUAUACAGACACAGUAAACUUUAUCUAGUUGAGGUAAUUAUGUGACCUUGUUAAUGAAGUUGUAGAAAUAAUGACAAAGGUUCUCUUCCCAUUCCAAUCUACUUAAAAGAAACCCUAAGGAACAGCAACUUCUAUUUAUGUAGCAUCUGUAACACAGCAAAAUGGCUUGAGGUGGAUCUCAAGACCUCAAGGAGAUAUUAGAGUCAUAGAGUUGGAACCAUGGAAUGAUAUGGCACAGGUACAGGCCCCUUUAGCUCACUGAAUCCACACCAACAUCAGGCACCCAUAUUUGCAGUAAUGCUACUCUCACCCUCAGAGUCAAUUCUCUGCAUCCCCAUUGACUCCUCCCCAAGUUCUAGCUCUCCUCUUCAGACAAACAGCAAAGCAAAAAAGUCUUUAGGGUGCAGACAGGUUUAUGGUGGAGGGAGAGUCCAAACCCUGGGGCAGCGGGAGCUAAUAUUCCUGCAAGUUGACUGUUAAAUUUUGCUAUGUCAAAGCUGCAGUGUAAAUGAAGGUUGUUGUUGCUGUAUGAACCAAAUGCUUGACAUGAAGAUGGUGUGUUAGAGCUGUUUAAAUCCAAACUGGAAUCCUCUCUUCAUUACAACAUAAUGACAAUUUUGGAUGUUUUGGAACUACAGAAGAUUAUAUAUCAUCAUCCAUUAGUUUCUCUCCCUCCACCCUCUCCCUCCCCCUUUCUCUCUCUCCCUUACAUCCUCUCUCUCUCUCACACUCUCUCUCUCUCUCUGUCUCUGUUUCUCCAACUUGAUCCUUCAGAGCCUCCAUACAUACAAAUACAGUUUUCUUGUUUUCUUAUCAUUUCUCCCUCUCUUUCUCACCCACUUACCAUUCCUUUCGCUCUCUCUUUCCUUCCGCUUUCCCCUUUAUGAAUUUUAUGCUGCAUUGGAUCUGGAGCAACAAUCAUUUCCUUCUUUACACUUGUGUACAGAAGAAUGACCAUAAACUACCUUGAAUCUUAAAUCUUCUCCUCCUCCUUCACCAUUUUAUUUACUCAUUCUUUCACUCUUUCUUUUUGUCAUAUUUCAGAGAAGGGGGCUAUUCAGCCCAUUGAGACUAUGCCCCAAUGAUCAUUCCAAGCAGUUGCUUUCCCCUUCUUAUUUCCUGUGACCUUGUCCUCUCAAAUCUCUAUCAACUGCUCUCUUGUUUCCCUUCAUUAGGGAGCUAUGUACAUUUGACAAAUAACCUGGCAAUGCAUCAUUGGGCUUUGGGAGGAAACUGGAGCACCCAGAGAAAGCACAUGCAGUCAUAGGCAGACGUGUGUGCUCCACACAGAGAGCACCAGCGGUCAAUCAAACCUGACGCUCGGUGUGGUAGUGGUACCAACUACUCUGGUAUUGUGUGGCCCACUCGCUCUCCUUCUCACUUCCUCUCAUUCUUUGUCUUUCUCACUCUGUACUCUUCUCUUUCUGGCCCCAUUCUCUCUCUGGCCUCUUUCUCUCUCUCACCCCCUUCUCUCCCUCUUGCAAUCUUCUCUCUCUUCCCCUUCCCUCUUACCCCUUCUCUCACUUGCUUUCUUCUCUCUCUCUUACCACCUUCCCUCACUCACACCUCUUUUCUCUCCAUUUUCUUUCUCUUUUACUUGAUUCUUUGUUGCCCCUUUUCUCUCUUCUCCCUCCUCUCUCUCCCUCUCACCCCCUCCACUCUCCCCCUCCCCUCUCUCUCUCUCCUCCUUUUCCCUCCUUCCUCUUUGGACCUUUCUCUUUAAAACUAGGCUGGGCAAACAGAUUCAGGCAUUUCUGUGUCUUUCCAGAUUUGCAUGCUUUCUAAUUUUAACAAAUGCUCUUAAAUCAUUGCUAUUAAUGCCAAACAAAUGUGUUUAUGCACAAAAUGUAAGGGUAGCAAUAUCUAGUGUUUCAUAUCUGUAUGUUCAUUAUAUUUGUUUGUUUGUUUUUAUAUGUGUUGGGCUAUCGUACCUCUUCAAUGUGUAGAGCAAUCUUUACUUACAGGCUGGUAGGAUAUGAUUUUAAGAUGUUAAGGGGAUAUUAAACUUGUUGAAUCUGAUCUUUACUGUACCUGUUGCAAUUAGAAGUAACAGCAAAUAUUCCAUCUGAAAACUCAUUUUCCCUAGGCACUUUGAAACUCAAAAUCAGAUCCCGAUUUAUUAUAACUGAUGUACAUGGCGUAAAUUUGUUAUUUUAUCACAGCACUAUAGUACAAAGACAAUUAUUAUAUAUUCAUGAUCUUCUGCUGCUGUAGCCCAUCCACUUCAAGGUUUGACAUGUUGUGCAUUCAGAGAUGCUCUUCUGCACACCACUGUUGUAACACAUGAUUAUUUGAGUUACUUUCACCUUUCUGUCAACUUGAACCAAUGUGGCCAUUCUCCAUUGACCUCUCUCACUAACGAAAACUGCCGCUAACUGGUUGUUUUUUUUUGUUUUUCACACCAUUCUCUGUAAAUUCUAGAGAAGGUUGUGUACGUAAAUCCCAGGAGAUCAGCAGCUUCUGAGAUACUCAAAUCCCCCUGUCUGACACCAACAAUCAUUCCAUGGUCAAAGUCACUUAGAUCACAUUUCCUAUCCAUUUUGAUGUUUGGUCUGAACAACAAAUGAGCCUUUUGACCACAUCUGCAUGCUUUUAUGCAUUGAGUUCCUGCCACACGAUAUGCUGAUUAGAUAUUUGUGUUAACGUACAGGUGUGUACCUAAUAUAGUGGCCACUGAGUGUAUUCUAGCUCUUCGGAAAUCGGAAUCAGAGUUAUUAUCGCUGACAAAUAAUGUGUAACUUGUUGUUUUGCGGUAGCAGAACAGUACAAAGACAUAAUUACUAUAGAUUACAAAAAUACGCAAAUUGUGCCAAAAAAAAGGAAUAUUAUUUAUUCAGUAUUUAAUGCAGCAAAAUGGCUUGAGGUGGAUCUCAAGAUGGGUGAAGAAGGAGAUAUUAGAUAGAGUCAUGAAAUGAUAUGGCACAGGUACAAGCCCUAAUGGCGCUUUGAAUCCACAACAACCAUCAAGCACCCGGAUUGGUCACCACGGUAGC